AUGUCAAUGGCUGUGCUCACUCUAAUCUCAUUGGUCCUUGUGCAGCCCAACAUCUCUCUCAGUGCCCCUAAUGGGGGCCUGUUCUGGGGGCCCCAGGGACCAGAGGUGACCAGGGGCCACAGCCUCUCCAUCAUUUGCUCUACUGGACCACAGUACCAAGGAGGCUCCUUCCACCUCAUCUUUGAUGGGUCUAACACGACCAGGACUGAGCUCGCUGUCAACCACUCAGCCUCCUUCUACAUCCCUGAGGCAGAUUACUCCCACCAGGGGAACUACAGCUGUGUCUAUGAAGUCAACGUGUCCAGACGCGCCUUUAAAUCAACACACACGGCACUGCUAACGAUCAUCAUCAGACUGGUCCUUGUGCAGCCCAACAUCUCUCUCAGUGCCCCUAAUGGGGGCCUGUUCUGGGGGCCCCAGGGGCCAGAGGUGACCAGGGGCCACAGCUUCUCCAUCAUUUGCUCUACUGGACCACAGUACCAAGGAGGCUCCUUCCACCUCAUCUUUGAUGGGUCUAAAAUGACCAGGACUGAGCUAGCUGUCAACCACUCAGCCUCCUUCUACAUCCCUGAGGCAGAUUACUCCCACCAGGGGAACUACAGCUGUGUCUAUGAAGUCAACGUGUCCGGACGUGCCUUUAAAUCAACACGCACGGCACUGCUUACAAUCAUCAUCAGACCACUUCUGGUUCCUAUCAUUGCAUCCGGAGUGAUUUCUGUGUUUUUCCUGCUGUUGCUGAUCACUGCCAUCUUCUGCCUGGGCAAUCUUGGUGAAGAUGCCAACAGUGACGUGGAAGAAGACUAUGUGAACGUACCCAACAUGCGGAAUGGCUCAGCUGCCAUAGAAAAUGGCUAUGAAGAGGACUGCAUCUAUCAAAACUAUAAAUGA